AGAAUACAAUGUAAUUGCAAGAAAGUCAAGAAAAAUAGGAAAUCCUCCGCUGACCAACAGUUUCUAGGGGUUCAUGACAAUCCGGUUUCUUUUCGCCGUGUUUUUCAUCCAUUUUGGUAUAAGCUGACCUCCCAGUGAUCAAGUGACGAUAUUCAUCUGGAGCUGCCACAGACUUUCAUCACAACUUCACCUCGACCUACCACUGCCAAGCUGGAGACGCCCUUCCACGAACCAUCAACAUCUCAACUUUCUUUGCGAUUCUUUACAUACACUGACAUCCCAGAUAGUCAUGGAUCUCCCGGUACGAACCCCUUCCUCAGAUCAAACCAUGGUGCUAUACGCAACUGGCUUCAAUGCGUGGAGCCAGCUCACAUUCGACCCUUCGCCAGCGGACGAAGAGCCUGACGACGUAUUCACUUUCACAAAAGUAUUGGCGGCCAGGUCUGUUGGACUAAUUGCUUCCGAAAUGAGCUAUACUGCGGUACAACAAGAUACUUCUUGGGCCAUCACUGGAUCAUCCCCUGGCCAGCUUCUUCACCGUGAAGAUAACCAAGUAUUUCUAUUCGACUCUCCAAGUGCUAUUUCAGGGGAUGGGAAGGUCUUGGCAGUUCAGGACUCGGACUGUUCACCCUCAAAUCAAGUCAUUGUUCAGUAUCCGUCCUUGGCAGCAUGGAAAGCCAGCAAGAGUACCAAUUCCUGGCCUUGCAAGGCCUCUGUCUGCCAGAUAACAGCUUACGACGCUGGCUUCAUUAUUUUUCUCGAGGAUGAGACCGUCCUAAGCUGUGGUGACCCACGAUUCCGAGACUGCCUUGGCCGUGAAGUUGACGAGUCCUGCCCUGCCAACGAACCCGGAAUCAUACAAGAUCUGAGUGAUCUCGGCGAGCCCAUCAAGAAGAUUGCAGCAGCGGGAUACACAGCUGCAGCUUUGACAGAGAGUGGCGGAUUGUAUCUCUGGGGCAUGGCAGCCCCUGGCUCACAAAGCCAACACAACGUAUUUCAAGAUAUCAGCGAGCUACCAAACUACUUCGAAGUUGAUGGAGACAAAGACGUGCAGGAUAUUGGACUUGGAGAAUCACAUGCCAUUGCUCUUACGACUGAUGGCUGCAUCUACGUUAUAGGGAAUAACACUAAUGGCCAAAUUGGUCUUGGGAAAGAUGCUCAAGAUCCAGUUUCAUCAUGGGCAAAGGUAGAUUUUACGCCCCCUGAGGGUUGGGCAAUUGUUGCCGUUGAGGCUGGCCCCAGAUCAUCAUUCAUAGUCACAAAAAAGGUAAAGCAAUCUCAAAGCUCAUAAUGAGCUGCUCUUCUAUCAGAACCAGCUCUAGUGAGCCACAUGACCCUC